AUGGAGACGUACGAGGCGAAAGUGAAAGAAAUUUUUCAAAUAAACGAGCUAAAAGACUUUCAAAGAGAGUCUUUGGCAGCACUGCUGAAGAAAAGAGAUGUUUUUCUGUCUAUCAAAACCGGAGGUGGUGAAAACGACGAUUCCAUAUUUAGAAAUGAAAUGCAAUUCAUUUUCACCUCACCUAAAAGUGUGCUAAAUGGAAAGUGGAGAGAUUGGGUGACAAACAAUUCAACCAUUAGAUUAAUAGCUGUAGAUGAAGCCCACACAGUGUUACAUUGGGGAGAGUCUGCGAGCGAGGAAGACCCUUUCAGACGUUGGUAUGGUCGAUUAGGGGAACUGCGAAGCCUUGUGGAAUGUCCUGUAAUUUUGAUGACUGCCACAGCAAAUUCAGCUGCCAGGAAAGCCUUACAGAGAAAAUUUUGUAUGACAGACUGUUUAGAAAUUAUAGAGAACCCAGACAGGAACAAUAUUAAAUUAUUUUUACAGUGUGUUAAAUACAACACUCCACUAGAGAAUACAUUCUUCUUUCUAAUUCUGAUGUUGAAAGAGAAAAGGGAGCUCUGUGAUAGGAAUCUGAUUUUUUGCCCUGCUAUCAGAACAUGUAGUAAAUUGUACACUAUGUUUAGAAUUAUGUUUAAAGAAAAUGUUAAAUUGAUUGACCAUAUCGAAAUGUAUCAUUCAAAAACCACAGAUGAUGUUAAACAAUUAGUAAAAGAGGAUAUGUCUAAAGAAAAUGGCAAAAUUAGAAUUCUUAUUGCUACCAGUGCAGCUGGUAUGGGUGUGAAUUUCAAAGGAGUGAAAUAUACAAUUAAUUAUGGUUGCCCCCGAGAUAUGGAUACUUUUGUUCAGCAGUAUGGCAGAGCAGGUAGAGACGGUGGCUCAGCAAUGUCUUUAUUGAUUUACACAAAACGUGAUAUUAAAUGUAUAGAUGAUGACAUGAAAUUAUAUGUUAAAAAUGAAACCAUUGUCGCCAUGAGAAUAUAUUGUCUUCCUAUAAGAGUAAACCUGCUAUGGAUAGGGACAUGCAUAUGUGUUGUGAUAUAUGUGAUAAGAAGUGUCAUGUGAAAGAUUGUGAAAAAUGUAGUUUAGCACAACAUCCUUAUUAUAAAACUCAAUUUCCAGCUUUUUCUUCAGAUUAAAGUAGCCAGGAUGAUCAUGACUUGUUUACAGAUUCAGAUUGGGAGUAAGCAUUAAGAUGUAAUACAUGUAAUUCAAAGUAUCCUUAAAAAAUAUGGACGAAUACAUUGCUGCAUUUCAUAAAUCAGUCAGUAUUCUUGUAUAAUUUUGCCAAUAUAUAUUGUCAGCCUUUGUGAUAGACCUAUUUUUUAAAAAUAUGUUAGGGUUCAUUUAAAUCUGUGAUAAGACACAUUUUCACUGGGAUACAGAAACUUGGGAAGAGGCACCAUUCCUCAUUAUAACUAUGUACUUAGAUCAUCAGCAUAAUACCCAGGAGC